AUGAUCCUCCUGUUAGCGAUGAUUAGAACCCCUGUUCCCAUGUGUCUGUUGAACCUGGCUGAUGAUCCUCCUGUUCUCAGUAGCUGUCCCUUUUUGAACCUGGCUGAGAUGAUCCUCCUGUUCUCUAGUAGCGUCCCUGUUGUUGAACCUGGCUGAGAUGAUCCUCCUGUUCUCUAGUGCUGUCCCGUUGUUGAACCCGGCUGAGAUGAUCCCCCUUUUCUCUGUAGCUGUCCUGUUGUUGAACCUGGCUGGAUGAUCCUCCGUUCUCUAGUAGCUGUCCCUGUUGUUAACCUGGCUGAGAUGAUCCUCUGUUCUCUAUCCUGUCCUGUUGGUGAACCUGGCUGAGUAGCUCCCGUUCUCUAGUGUCCCUGUGUUGAACCUGGCUGAAUGAUCCUCUUCUGAUGUCCCGUCUGUUGAACCUGGCUGAUGAUCACCUGUUGUUGAUCUCCUGUUCUUGAACUGGCUGUGGAUACCUGCGGUUCUCUAGCUGUCCCUGUGUUGAAACCGGCUGUGUGACCCGUGAGUACCUCCUGUUCUCUAGUAGCUGUCCCUGUUGUUGAACCUGGCUGAGAUCCUCCUGUUCUCUAUAGCUGUCCCUGUUGUUGAACCUGGCUGAGAUGAUCCUCCUGUUCUCUAGUGCUGUACCUGUUUUGAACCUGGCUGAGAUGAUCCUCCUGUUCUCUUACUCUCCCUGUUGUUGAACCUGGCUGAGAUGAUCCUCCUGUUCUCUAGUAGUGUCCUGUUGUUGAACCUGGCUGAGAGAUCCUCCUGUUCUCAUAGAUGUCCCUUUGUUGAACCUGGCUGAGAUGAUCUCCGUUUCUAGUAGCUGUCCCGUUGUUGAACCUGGCUGAGAUGAUCCUCCUGUCCUCUAGUUGCUCUGUACCUGUUGUUGAACCUGGCUGAGAUGAUCCCCCUGUUCUCUAGUAGCUGUCCCUGUUGUUGAACCUGGCUGAGAUGAUCCUCCUGUUCUCUAGUAGCUGUCCCUGUUGUUGAACCUGGCUGAGAUGAUCCUCCUGUUCUCUAGUAGCUGUCCCUGUUGUUGAACCUGGCUGAGAUGAUCCUCCUGUUCUCUAGUUGCUCUGUCCCUGUUGUUGAACCUGGCUGAGAUGAUCCUCCUGUUCUGUAGUUGCUCUGUCCCUGUUGUUGAACCUGGCUGAGAUGAUCCUCCUGUUCUCUAGUUGCUCUGUCCCUGUUGUUGAACCUGGCUGAGAUGAUCCUCCUGUUCUCUAGUUGCUCUGUCCCUGUUGUUGAACCUGGCUGAGAUGAUCCUCCUGUUCUCUAGUUGCUCUGUCCCUGUUGUUGAACCUGGCUGAGAUGAUCCUCCUGUUCUCUAGUUGCUCUGUCCCUGUUGUUGAACCUGGCUGAGAUGAUCCUCCUGUUCUCUAGUUGCUCUGUCCCUGUUGUUGAACCUGGCUGAGAUGAUCCUCCUGUUCUCUAGUUGCUCUGUACCUGUUGUUGAACCUGGCUGAGAUGAUCCUCCUGUUCUCUAGUUGCUCUGUACCUGUUGUUGAACCUGGCUGAGAUGAUCCUCCUGUUCUCUAGUUGCUCUGUACCUGUUGUUGAACCUGGCUGAGGACACCAGGACAGAGCUGAAGAUGAGAAACAAGAACAUUGUCCACAUGCUGGUGAAGACCCUGGACCGGGAGAACGAGGAGCUGCUGGUGCUAGUGGUGUCCUUCCUCAAGAAACUCAGCAUCUUCCUGGAGAACAAGAACGAUAUGGUAAGAGAGGGAGAUGGGAGAGGAGGGAGAGAGAGAAGAAUAAGGAGAGGGAGGAAUGAGGAGGGAGAGGGGAGAAGGAGGGAGGGACGGAGAGGGAUGUAUGCAUGGAGAGAUGGAGGGCUGUCAAGCCAACACACAUCAACAUAGACCCUUCUCUUAUUCUAAUGUAGUAUUGCCUCACUAUCUAGUCUAGUUUAUAUGGUGGUGGAUCAGGAGUAGAGUCAGGUCUAGUUUAUAUGGAGGGAAUACAGUACAAUAAAUUGCAUACAGGAGGAUACCAGGUCAGAAUACUGUAUCUAAAUCAGCAUAGAGGGAACAGUGUGCUGUCUUGAUGUGAUAUCCUCUUCAGGAGACAUUUUACCAGUGAAAAAACAACUACCUUGCUGUGUCCAUACGUUAUACAUGAUCGUUCUAGUCUAUGGGGAAGGAGACAUCAUCAGACUUUAUUUCACACGGCAGUGUACACAUUAAACUGCUGUAACCUGCAUGUUCGCUUGUGGGUUUACUGGACGCUAUAAUAAAAGUCAUAAUGAGUCCUAAUCAUUUCCCUGUAUUGUGAUUGGUUGUUAACCCUAACCCUGUAUUGUGAUUGGUUAUUAACCCUAACCCUGUGCUGUGAUUGGUUAUUAACCCUAACCCUGUGCUGUGAUUGGUUAUUAACCCUAACCCUGUGCUGUGAUUGGUUGUUAACCCUAACCCUGUGCUGUGAUUGGUUAUUAACCCUAACCCUGUGCUGUGAUUGGUUGUUAACCCUAACCCUGUGCUGUGAUUGGUUGUUAACCCUAACCCUGUGCUGUGAUUGGUUGUUAACCCUAUCCCUGUGCUGUGAUUGGUUGUUAACCCUACCCCUGUUUUGUGAUGAGUUAUUAACCCUACCCCUGUUUUGUGAUGAGUUAUUAACCCUAACCCUGUGCUGUGAUUGGUUGCUAACCCUAACCCUGUGCUGUGAUUGGUUGGUUGUGUUGCUAGGCUGAGGUAGACACCGUAGAGCGUCUGUCUCGUCUGGUCCCGUGUGAACAUGAAGACCUGCUGAACAUCACACUGCGUCUGCUCCUCAACCUCUCCUUUGACACCGGGCUCCGCAACAAGAUGGUGCAGGUCGGCUUGCUGCCCAAACUCACCUCCCUGCUGGGUACGUACCACACUGGACUAUGUCCUCUCAAAUCAGUUCAUAGGACUUUAUUGGCAAAAUUAUUAAUUAAUUAAUUAUUGGGAAACUUAUGUUAACGUUGCCAAAGCAAAUGGAAUAGACAAUAAACAAAAGGGAAAGGAACAUGUGAUACAUUAGUAAACAUGACACUCACAAAAGUUUUAAAAGAAUAAAGACAUUUCAAAAAUUAUAUUAUUGGCAAUGUACAGUGUUGUAACGAUGUGCAAAUAGUUAAAGUACAAAAGGGAAAAUAAAUAAACAUAAAUAUGGGUUGUAUUUACAAUGGUGUUUGUUCUUCGCUGGUUGCCCUUUUCUUGUGGCAACGGGCCACAAAUCUUGCUGCUGUGAUGGCACACUGUGGUAUUUCACUCAAUAGAUAUGUGAGUUUAUCAAUGUUUGAUUUGUUUUCAAAUUCUUUGUGGGUCUGUGUGAUCUGUGGGAAAUAUGUGUCUCUAAUGUGGUCAUACAUUUGGCAGGAGGUUAGGAAGUGCAGCUCAGUUUCCACCUCAUUUUGUGGGCAGGAUUUUCUUAAUUUGGGGUAUUCUGCCACUGUGUAUUCUCUGUUUAGCACCGGAUAGCAUUCCAAUUUGCUCUGUUUUUUGGUUGAUUCUUUCCAGUGUGUCAAAUAGUUCUCUUUUUGCUUUCUCAUAAUUUGGUUUGGUCUAAAUGUGUUUCUGUCCUGGGCUCUGUGGGGUCUGUUUGUGAACAGAGCCCCAGAACCAGCUGGCUGAGGGGACUCUUCUCCAGGUUCAUCUCUCUGUAGGUGAGGGCUUAGUUAUGGAAUGUGUGGGCAUCACUUCCUUUUAGGUGGUUGUAGAAUUUAACAGCUCUUUUUUGGAUUUUGAUAACUAGCGGGUAUAGUCCUAAUUCUGCUCUGCAUGCAUUGUUUGGGGUUUUACGUUGUACACAACGUAUAUUUUUGCAGAAUUCUGCAUGCAGAGUCUCAAUUUGGUGUUUGUCCCAUUUUGUGAAUUCUUGGUUGGUGAGCGGACCCCAGACCUCACGACCAUAAAGGGCAAUGGGUUCUAUAACUGAUUCAAGUAUUUUUUAGCCAGCUCCUAAUUGGGAUGUCAAAUAUUAUGUUCCUUUUGAUGGCGUAGAAGGCCCUUCUUGCCUUGUCUCUCAGAUCGUUCACAGCUUUGUGGAAGUAACCUGUGGCGCUGAUGUUUAGGCCGAGGUAUGUAUAGUUUUUUGUGUGCUCUAGGGCAACGGUGUCUAGAUGGAAUUUGUAUUUGUUGUCCUGGCAACUGGACCUUUUUUGUAACACUAUUAUUUUUGUCUUACUGAGAUUUACUGUCAGGACCCAGGUCUGACAGAAUCUGUGCAGAAGAUCUAGGUGCUGCUGUAGGCCCUCCUUGGUUGGGGACAGAAGCACCAGAUCAUCAGCAAACAGUAGACAUUUGACUUCAGAUUCUAGUAGGGUGAGGCCGGGUGCAUUUUAGUCAUUUAUCAGACGCUCUUAUCCAGAGCGACUUACAGUUAGUGAGUGCAUACAUUUUCAUACUGGCCCCCCGUGGGAAAUGAACCCACAAACCUGCUGUUGCAAGCGCCAUGCUCUACCAACUGAGCUACAGGGGACCAUUAGGGGGAAGCCGGGCGUGGCAGACUGUUCUAGUGCCCUCGACAAUUCAUUGAUAUAAAUGUUGAAGAGGGUGGACUGAGGAUAAUGUUGAAAAGUUUAAGAAUAGCCCAUUUGAAUUUGUGGUCUGUAUAUUUAAUAAUUUCGUUGAGGAUACCAUCAACACCACAGGCCUUUUUGGUGUUGAAGGGUUUGUAUUUUGUCCUGUAGUUCAUCCAAUGUAAUCUUAGUCUUUAAUAACUGAUUCAAAGCGUUAUAAAUGAUCGCGUAAACAGUAUGGUUUUGCUCUUGCUUCUUUGGGUUAGGGUUAGGGCUUCUUUGUUAGGGCGGUAGAUAGCCUAGCGGUUAAGCCUAGCGAAUCUCUGAGCCGACUAGAUGAAAAGUCUGCCGAUGUGCCCUUGAGCAAGGCACUUAACCAUAGUUGCUCCUGUAAGUCGCUCUGGAUAAGAGCGUCUGCUAAAUUAUUUAAAAAAAGUAAAUAUGGCCUGAUAUCUGACGUGCUGUUCCUUCUUUUUCCGUAGUGUAUUUCUGUAUUGUUUAACUGAUUGACCAUAGUGAAGGCGUAGGCUCAGGUUUUCUGGGUCUCUCUCUCUCUCUCUCUCUCUCUCUCUCGCUCUCUCUCUCUCGCUCUCUCUCUCUUUCUUUCUCUCUCUCUCUCUCUCUCUCUCUCUCUCUCUCUCCCAGAUCUAUCUAUCUAUCUGAAUAUAAUGUAUCAGGUUUGAGCUGUUGGUUUAAUGUGUAGUAAUGUGUUCCUUCUCUCAGGUGAUGAGAACCACAAGCAGAUGGCCAUGUGUAUCCUGUACCACAUCAGUGUUGAUGACAGGUUCAAGUCCAUGUUCGCCUACACAGACUGCAUCCCACAGGUAACGGUACAACACCUGAUCCUGGAUCAGCACCUACACCAGGGUUGUGCUCAAUUCACAAUUGGAUUCAGAAUUGGAUUGAGAAUGCCUCAUCAAUUCCAAUUCAAUUAGAAUUGAAUUACGAUUGAUGCAGUAAACAGGAUAUAUUAUUGCAAUUCGAAUUUAAUGAAAGGAAAUAUAAUUGAAUUCAGUGAAAUUCUAUGAAAUUUAAAUGCCUCUUCUAUUCUAUAUUAGGUGUAGGAUAUACAAAUAUACGUCAAAUAUACAUCUUGUACAUAAAACAUGUCCUGCCAUCCAGGACCUCUAUACCAGGCAGUGUCAGAGGAAGGCCCUAAAAAUGGUCAAAGACUCCAGCCACCCACGUCAUAGACUGUUCUCUGCUACCGCGCGACAAGCGGUACCGAUGCACCAAGUCUGGAACCAGCAGGACGCUGAACAGCUUCUACCCCCGAGCCAUAACACUGAUAAAUACACUAAACAAAAGUAUAAACGCAACAUACGACAAUUUCAAAGAUUUUACUGAGUGACAGUUCAUAUAAGGAAAUAAUUCAAUUGUAAUACAUUAAUUAGGCCCUAAUCUAUGUAUUUCACAUGACUGGGAAUACAGAUAUGCAUCUGGUCACUAGGCCCUAAUCUAUGUAUUUCACAUGACUGGGAAUAUGUUGGUCACGGAUACCUUAAAAAUAAACAGUAUCUGGUGUGAUCACCAUUUGCCUCAUGCAGCGCGACACAUCUCCUUCGCAUAGAGUUGAUCAGGCUGUUGAUUGUGGCCUGUGGAAUGUUGUUCCACUCCUCUUCAAUGGCUGUGCAAAGUGGCUGUAAAUUGGCAGGAACUGGAACACGCUGUCGUACACGUCGAUCCAGAGCAUCCCAAACAUGCUCAAUGGGUGACAUGUCUGGUGAGUAUACAUGCCAUGGAAGAACUGGGACAUUUUCAGCUUCCAGGAAUUGUGUACAGAUCCUUGCGACAUGGAGCAGUGCAUUAUCAUGCUGAAACAUGUGGUGAUGGCGGCGGAUGAAUGACAUGACAAUUGGCCUCAGGAUCUCGUCACCGAAUCUCUGGCAUUCAAAUUGCCAUCGAUAAAAUGCAAUUGUGUUCGUUAUCCGUAGCUUAUGUCUACCCAUACCAUAACCCCACUGCCACCAUGGGGCACUCUGUUCACAACGUUGACAUCAGCAAACCGCUCCCCCACACAACGCCAUACACGUGGUCUGCGGUUGUGAGGUCGGUUGGACGUACUGCCAAAUUCUCUAAAACAAGGUUGGAGGUAGAAAAAUGAACAUUAAAUUCUCUGGCAACAGCUCUGGUGGAUAUUCCUGCAGUCGCAUGCCAAUAGCAUGCUCCCUCAACUUGAGACUCCUGUGGCAUUGUGUUAUGUGACAAAACUACACAUUUUACAGUGGCCUUUUAUUGUCCCCAGCACAAGGUGCACCUGUGUAAUGAUAAUGCUGUUUAAUCAGCUUCUUGAUAUGCCACACCUGUCAGGUGGAUGGAUUAUCUUGGCAAAGGAGAAAUGCUCACUAACAGGGAUGUAAACAGGUUUGUGCACAAAAUUUGAGAGAAAUACGAUUUUUGUGCGUAUGGAACAUUUCUGGGAUCUUUUAUUUCAGCUCAUGAAACAUUUACAUUUACAUUUUAGUCAUUUAGCAGACGCUCUUAUCCAGAGUGACUUACAGUUAGUGAGUGCAUACAUUAUAAAAAUUUAAAAAAUCAUACUGGCUCCCCGUGGGAAUCAAACCCACAACCCUGGCGUUGCAAACACCAUGCUCUACCAACUGAGCUACAUCCCUGCCGGCCAUUCCCUCCCCUACCCUGGGCCAAUUGUGCGCCGCCCCAUGGGUCCCCCGGUCGCGGCCGGCUACGACAGAGCCUGGAUUCGAACCAGGAUCUCUAGUGGCACAGCUAGCACUGUGAUGCAGUGCCUUAGACCACUGCGCCACUCGGGACCAACACUUUACAUAUUGUGUUUAUAUUUUUGUUCAGUGUAUCUAAUGCUAACAUGCUAACUUAGUGCUCUGUGUUGACUCACCAGUUGAUGAAGAUGUUGUUUGAGCACGGUGAGGAGAGGAUCGAUGCUGAGCUCAUCUCCUUCUGUAUCAACCUGGCAGCUAACAAGAAGAACGCUCAGCUCAUCUGUGAAGGUAGGGAGGUCCACUAUCAGUUAUACAGCUCAUCUGUGAAGAUAGGGAGGUCCACUAUCAGUUAUACAGCUCAUCUGUGAAGGUACAGACCACUAUCAGUUAUACAGCUCAUCUGUGAAGAUAGGGAGGUCCACUAUCAGUUAUACAGCUCAUCUGUGAAGAUAGGGAGGUCCACUAUCAGUUAUACAGCUCAUCUGUGAAAGUACAGACCACUAUCAGUUAUACAGCUCAUCUGUGAAAGUACAGACCACUAUCAGUUAUACAGCUCAUCUGUGAAAGUACAGACCACUAUCAGUUAUACAGCUCAUCUGUGAAGGUACAGACCACUAUCAGUUAUACAGCUCAUCUGUGAAGGUACAGACCACUAUCAGUUAUACAGCUCAUCUGUGAAGGUACAGACCACUAUCAGUUAUACAGCUCAUCUGUGAAAGUACAGACCACUAUCAGUUAUACAGCUCAUCUGUGAAAGUACAGACCACUAUCAGUUAUACAGCUCAUCUGUGAAAGGUACAGACCACUAUCAGUUAUACAGCUCAUCUGUGAAGGUACAGACCACUAUCAGUUAUACAGCUCAUCUGUGAAGGUACAGACCACUAUCAGUUAUACAGCUCAUCUGUGAAGGUACAGACCACUAUCAGUUAUACAGCUCAUCUGUGAAGGUACAGACCACUAUCAGUUAUACAGCUCAUCUGUGAAGGUACAGACCACUAUCAGUUAUACAGCUCAUCUGUGAAGGUACAGACCACUAUCAGUUAUACAGCUCAUCUGUGAAGGUACAGACCACUAUCAGUUAUACAGCUCAUCUGUGAAGGUACAGACCACUAUCAGUUAUACAGCUCAUCUGUGAAGGUACAGACCACUAUCAGUUAUACAGCUCAUCUGUGAAGGUACAGACCACUAUCAGUUAUACAGCUCAUCUGUGAAGAUACAGACCACUAUCAGUUAUACAGCUCAUCUGUGAAGGUACAGACCACUAUCAGUUAUACAGCUCAUCUGUGAAGGUACAGACCACCAGAUGUAUCAGAGAUGGUCUGGUGAUCUAAGAACCAUGGAAAUAAGUCCUAGACACGUCAUUGUCAUCCUCCAUGUGAAUUAAUUCAAUAGUAUAAAUAUUUCACAUGCUGUUGAAUAAAUGAUGAAUGCUUGAUUCCCUUCCCUCAGGUAAUGGUCUGAAGAUGUUGAUGAAGAGGGCUCUGAAGCUGAAGGAUCCUUUACUGAUGAAGAUGAUACGAAACAUCUCUCAACACGACGGACCACCCAAACACCUCUUCAUCGUUAGUACUAAAUUCAUGUUGGAUGUUAGUGACUUGAUAAAGCAGAUGUUGUAACUGAAUUGGUUGAAAAGACUGUAAAGAACACAUUAUGAAGCUCCCAGCAAUGAAGCCAUAUAAAAGCAUGCAUACAGUGCACCAUGAGGCAGCAGUGGAUCAGAGAUAUUUGGAAAGGAGACUGUAUGUAUGAAGUGUUGCUGAGUGACUUACUAACAGAACGGUCUCCUUCAGGACUACGUAGGAGACUUGGCAGCCCAGAUCAGUCCUGAUGAAAACGAGGAAUACGUGAUAGAGUGUCUGGGGACCCUGGCUAACCUCACUAUCGCUGAUCUGGACUGGGAACUGGUGCUGAAGGAGUACAACCUGGUACCUUACCUUAAAGAUAGACUCAAACCAGGUGAGUGAGUGAGUGAGUGAGUGAGUGAGUGAGUGAGUGAGUGAAUUCUACAACCACCUAAAAGGAAGCGAUGCCCACACAUUCCAUCACAAAGCCAUCACCUACAGAGAGAUGAACCUGGAGAAGAGUCCCCUCAGCCAGCUGGUUCUGGGGCUCUGUUCUCAAACAGACUAUUUAACAAACUGGAAAGAAUCAACAACAACAAUUGGACCGCUAUCUGGCCCUAAACAGAGAGUACACACUGGCAGAAUACCUAACCACUGUGACAGACCCAAAAUUACGAAAAUCCUUGAUUAUGUACAGACUCAGUGAGCAUAGCCUUGCUAUUGAGAAAGGCCGCCGUAGGCAGAACUGGCUCUCAAGAGAAGAUAGAAUAUGUGCCCACUGCCCACAGCUAUUUGCACAUUUCUAAAACACUGUUCAUAGCUGAGAAUAUAACUCUGGAAAUGUCUUGAUCUUUUUGAAACCUUUUUGAGUGUAAUAGUUACUGUUAAUUUCUAAUAGUUUUUUGUUGAUGUUGUUUUGUGUCUUUUCUCACUUCUGUUUAUUGUUUAUUUCACUUGCUUUGGCGAUGUACACACGUUUCCCAGUAAAGCCCUUUUGAUUUGAUUUGAAUUGACACGUUUCCCAGUAAAGCCCUUUUGAUUUGAUUUGAAUUGACACGUUUCUCAGUAAAGCCCUUUUGAUUUGAUUUGAAUUGACACGUUUCCCAGUAAAGCCCUUUUGAUUUGAUUUGAAUUGACACGUUUCCCAGUAAAGCCCUUUUGAUUUGAUUUUAAUUGAAUUGAGAGACAGAGCGAGAGCGAGAGAGAAAGAGACUCAAACCAGGUAACUAUAUCACUGAAGAAGAAGAGUGGAUUUAGUUUCUGAGAGAAAGAGAGAAUAUGGAGUUGUUCUAAAGAAACAACUCCAUAUUUUGUAACUCACCGUAGUUCUGGAAACAAGUAGAACAGGAGAUCACCGUCUAACCCCAGAAACCUGACCUCUGUGUUGUCAUCAGGCUCCGCGGAGGAUGACCUGAUACUAGAGGUGGUGAUCAUGAUUGGGACGGUGUCCAUGGAUGACAGCUGUGCCGCCAUGUUGGCCAAGUCUGGCAUCAUCCCUGCUAUUAUAGAACUACUGAAUGGUAAGACAUCAUCCCUGCUAUUAUAGAACUACUGAAUGGUAAGACAUCAUCCCUGCUAUUAUAGAACUACUGAAUGGUAAGACAUCAUCCCUGCUAUUAUAGAACUACUGAAUGGUAAGACAUCAUCCCUGCUAUUAUAGAACUACUGAAUGGUAAGACAUCAUCCCUGCUAUCAUAGAACUACUAAAUGGUAAGACAUCAUCCCUGCUAUCAUAGAACUACUGAAUGGUAAGACAUCAUCCCUGCUAUUAUAGAACUACUGAAUUGUAAGACAUCAUCCCUGCUAUUAUAGAACUAGUGGAAAGCCUUCCCAGAAGAGUGGAGGCUGUUAUAGCAGCAAAGGGGGGACCAACUCCAUAUUAAUGCCCAUGAUUUUAGAAUGAGAUGUUGGACGAGCAGGUGUCCACAUACUUUUGGUUAUGUAGUGUAUGAACAUAUAGGUAGGGAUAAAGUGACUAUGCAUCAGGAUAAAUAAUCAACAGUAGCAGCAGCGUAUGUGAUGAGUUAAAAGGGUGUAUAAAGGGUCAGUGCAGAUAGUCCGGGUAGCUAUUGGUUAACAAACUAUCUAUUUAGCAGUCUGAUGGCUUGGAGGUAGAAGCUGUUCAGGGUCCCGUUGGAUCCAGACUUGGUGCAUCGGUACAACUUGCUGUGCGGUAGCAGAGAGAACAGUCUAUGACUUGGGUGGCUGGAAUCGUUGAACAUUUUUAAGGCCUUCCUCUGACACCGCCUGGUGUAAUUCCUUAGUUACAGUGUAUUCAGAAUGUAUUCAGACCACUUGACUUUUUCCACAUUUUGUUGUUACAGCCUUAUUCUAACAUGGAUUAAAUUUUUAAAAAUCCUAAUCAAUCUACACACAAUACCCCCUAAUGACAAAGUGAAAACAGGUUUUUAGACAUUUUUGCAAAUGUAUUAAAAAUAAGAAACAGAAAUACCUUAUUUACAUACGUUUCAGACCCUUUGCUAUGAGACUCUAAAUUGAGCUUAGGUGCAUCCUGAUUCCAUUGAUCAUCCUUGACAUGUUUCUACAACUUGAUUGGAGUCCAUCUGUGGUAAAUUCAAUUGAUUGGACAUGAUUUGGAAAGGCACACACCUGUCUAAAUAAUUUCCCAAGGUUGACAGGGCAUGUCAGAGCAAAAACCAAGCCAUGAGGUCAAAGGAAUUGUCCGUAGAGCUCCGAGACAGGAUUGUGUCGCGGCACAGAUCUAGAGAAGGGUACCAAAAAAUAUCUGCAGCAUUGAAGGUCCCCAAGAACACAGUGGCCUCCAUCAUUCUUAAAUGGAAGAAAUUUGGAACCACCAAGACUAUUCCUAGAGCUGGCCACCCAGCCAAACUCUGACAGAGCUCUAGAGUUCCUCUGUGGAGAUGGGAGAACUUCCAGAAGGACAACCAUCUCUGCAGCACUCCACCAAUCAGGCCUUUAUGGUAGAGUGACCAGACGGAAUCCACUCCUCAGUAAAAGGCACAUAACAGCCCGCUUGGAGUUUCCCAAAAGGCACCUAAAGACUUUCAGACCAUGAGAAAGAAGAUUCUCGGGCCUGAAUGCCAAGCGUCACGUCUGGAGGAAACCUGGCAGCAUCCCAAUGGUGAAGCAUGGUGGUGGCAUGUCAUGCCUAAGUUUGCUAAUCUUGCCAAUGAAAAAAUUAUUAAAGUAGUUGGCAAUAUCAGUUGGUUUUGUGAUGAAUGAGCAAAUGAUUCAAUGAAUGAUGGAGCUGAGUUUGCCUUUUUUCCCAAACUUUCAUUUAAGGUGCUCCAAAGCUUUUUACUAUCAUUCUUUAUGUCAUUUAUCUUUGUUUAAUAGUGUAGUUUCUUCUUCUUUUUUUUAUUCAGUUUAGUCACAUGAUUUCUCAGUUUGCAGUACGUUUGCCAAUCGGUUGUGCAGCCAGACUUAUUUGCCAUUCCUUUUGCCUCAUCCCUCUCAACCAUACCAUUUUUCAAUUCCUCAUCAAUCCACAGGGAUUUAACAGUUUUUACAGUCAUUUCCUUAAUGGGUGCAUGCUUAUUAGUAACUGGAAUAAGCAAAUUCAUAAAUGUGUCAAGUGCAGUGUCUGGUUGUUCGUCAUUACACACCACGGACCAACAUAUAUUCUUUACAUCAACAACAUAGGAAUCACUACAAAACGUAUUGUAUGACCUCUUAUACACAAUAUUAGGCCCAGACUUUGGAGCUUUGGUUUUCCUAGAUAUGGCUACUAUAUUGUGAUCACUACAUCCAAUGGAUAUGGAUACUGCUUUAAAGCAAAUUUCUGCAGCAUUAGUAAAGAUAUGAUCAAUACAUGUUGAUGAUUUAAUUCCUGUACUGUUUGUAACUACCCUGGUAGGUUGACUGAUAACCUGAACCAGGUUGCAGGCACUAGUUACAGUCUGAAGCUUUUUCUUGAGUGGGCAGCCUGAAGAAAGCCUGCCAAUAUUUAAAUCACCCAGAAAGUAUACCUCUCUAUUGAUAUCACAUAUAUUAUCAAGCAUUUCACACAUGUUAUCCAGAUACUGACUGUUAGCGCUUGGUGGUCUAUAGCAGCUUCCCACCAGAAUGGGCUUUAGGUGAGGCAGAUGAACCUGUAGCCAUAUUACUUCAACAGUAUUUAACAUGAGAUCCUCUCUAAGCUUUACAGGGAUGUGGUUCUGAAUAUAGACGGAAACACCGCCCCCAUUGGCAUUUCUGUAUUUUCUGUAAAUGUUAUAACCUUGUAUUGCUACCACUGUAUCAUCAAAGGUAUUAUCUAAGUGAGUUUCAGAGAUUGUCAGAAUAUGAAUGUCAUCUGUUACUAGCAAAUUAAUGAUUUCAUGGACCUUGUUUCUUAAGCUAUAUAUGUUAACGUGGGCAAUUUUGAGCACUUUUCUUCUGGGAUGCUUACUUGUUUUUAUUGCUUUACUGGGAAGCUUACAUUUACAUUUACAUUUACGUCAUUUAGCAGACGCUCUUAUCCAGAGCGACUUACAAAUUGGUGCAUUCACCCUAUAGCCAGUGGGAUAACCACUUUACAAUUAUUAUUUUUUUUUUUAGGGGGGGUAGAAGGAUUACUUUAUCCUAUCCCAGGUAUUCCUUAAAGAGGUGGGGUUUCAAAUGUCUCCGGAAAGUGGUGAGUGACUCCGCUGUCCUGGCGUCGUGAGGGAGCUUGUUCCACCAUUGGGGUGCCAGAGCAGCGAACAGUUUUGACUGGGCUGAGCGGGAACUAUGCUUCCGCAGAGGAAGGGGAGCCAGCAGGCCAGAGGUGGAUGAACGCAAUGCCCUCGUUUGGGUGUAGGGACUGAUCAGAGCCUGAAGGUACGGAGGUGCCGUUCCCCUCACAGCUCUAUAGGCAAGCACCAUGGUCUUGUAACAGAUGCGAGCUUCAACUGGAAGCCAGUGGAGUGUGCGGAGGAGCGGGGUGACGUGAGAGAACUUGGGAAGGUUGAACACCAGACGGGCUGCGGCAUUCUGGAUGAGUUGUAGGGGUUUAAUGGCACAGGCAGGGAACCCAGCCAACAGCGAGUUGCAGUAAUCCAGACGGGAGAUGACAAGUGCCUGGAUUAGGACCUGUGCCGCUUCCUGUGUAAGGCAGGGUCGUACUCUCCGAAUGUUGUAGAGCAUGAACCUGCAGGAUCGGGUCACCGCCUUGAUGUUAGCGGAGAACGACAGGGUGUUGUCCAGGGUCACGCCAAGGCUCUUCGCACUCUGGGAGGAGGACACAACGGAGUUGUCAACCGUGAUGGCGAGAUCAUGGAACGGGCAGUCCUUCCCCGGGAGGAAGAGCAGCUCCGUCUUGCCAAGGUCCAGCUUGAGGUGGUGAUCCGUCAUCCAUACUGAUAUGUCUGCCAGACAUGCAGAGAUGCGAUUCGCCACCUGGUUAUCAGAAGGGGGAAAGGAGAAGAUUAGUUGUGUAUCGUCAGCGUAGCAAUGAUAGGAGAGGCCAUGUGAGGAUAUGACAGAGCCAAGUGACUUGGUGUAUAGCGAGAAUAGGAGAGGGCCUAGAACUGAGCCCUGGGGGACACCAGUGGUGAGAGCACGUGGUGCAGAGACAGCUUCUCGCCACGCCACUUGGUAGGAGCGACCGGUCAGGUAGGACGCAAUCCAAGAGUGAGCCGCGCCGGAGAUGCCCAGCUCGGAGAGGGUGGAGAGGAGGAUCUGAUGGUUCACAGUAUCAAAGGCAGCAGACAGGUCUAGAAGGACAAGAGCAGAGGAGAGAGAGUUAGCUUUAGCAGUGCGGAGAGCCUCCGUGACACAGAGAAGAGCAGUCUCAGUUGAAUGACCAGUCCUGAAACCUGACUGGUUUGGAUCAAGAAGGUCAUUCUGAGAGAGAUAGCAAGAGAGUUGGCUAAAGACGGCACGCUCAAUAGUUUUGGAAAGAAAAGAAAGAAGGGAUACUGGUCUGUAGUUGUUGACAUCAGAGGGAUCGAGUGUUGGUUUUUUGAGAAGGGGAGGAUUCAGCAGGGAGGAGAAUGUGGCAAAGAGCUUCCUAGGGUUAGAGGCAGAUGCUUGGAAUUUAGAGUGGUAGAAAGUGGCCUUAGCAGCAGAAACAGAUGAAGAAAAUGUAGAGAGGAGGGAGAGAAAAGAUGCCAGGUCCGCAGGGAGUCUAGUUUUCUUCCAUUUCUGCUCAGUUGCCCGGAGCUCUGUUCUGUGAGCUCGCAAUGAGUCAUCAAGCCACGGAGCUGGAGGGGAGGACCGAGCCGGCCGGGAGGAUAGGGGACACAGAGAGUCAAAGGAUGCAGAAAGGCAGGAGAGGAGGGUUGAGGAGGCAGAAUCAGGAGAUUGGAGGGAGAAGGAUUGAGCAGAGGGAAGAGAUGAUAGGAUGGAAGAGGAGAGAGUAGUGGGAGAGAGAGAGCGAAGGUUGCGGCGGCGCAUUACCAUCUGUGUAGGGGCAGAGUGAGUAGUGUUGGAGGAGAGCGAGAGAGAAAAGGAUACAAAGUAGUGGUCGGAGACAUGGAGGGGAGUUGCAGUGAGAUUAGUAGAAGAGCAGCAUCUAGUAAAGAUGAGGUCAAGCGUAUUGCCUGCCUUGUGAGUAGGGGGGGACGGUGAGAGGGUGAGGUCAAAAGAGGAGAGGAGUGGAAAGAAGGAGGCAGAGAGAAAUGAGUCAAAUGUAGACGUAGGGAGGUUGAAAUCCCCCAAAACUGUGAGGGGUGAGCCAUCCUCAGGAAAGGAACUUAUCAAGGCGUCAAGCUCAUUGAUGAACUCUCCAAGGGAACCUGGAGGGCGAUAGAUGACAAGGAUAUUAAGCUUAAAUGGGCUAGUGACUGUGACAGCAUGCAAUUCAAAUGAGGAGAUAGACAGAUGGGUUAGGGGAAAAAUUGAGAAUGUCCACUUGGGAGAGAUGAACAGAGCUUAGCAGCAGUAGAUGUGCUCAUGUUCUUUAUGUUAGUGCAGGGUGAGCUGCACACAGUGGCCUUCCUCCUCGGGCACACCGCCUCAGUGCUAACAGUAUAAAUUUGGUUCUUAGGCACAUGAUACUGCAUACAACAGCUGUAGGAUCAGCGGUGGCAUUCAGGGCAGCUAGAGGGACAUAAUAAUAAAUAAAUAAUAUGCCAUUUAGCAGACGCUUUUAUCCAAAGCGACUUACAGUCAUGCGUGCAUACAUAUUAUUAUUAUUUUUGUGUAUGGGUGGUCCCGGGGAUCGAACCCACUACCUUGGCGUUACAAGCGCCGUGCUCUACCAGCUGAGCUACAGAGGACCACAAACCAGCUUACCCACAUUGUGUCUACUGACGCCCCUGAUGUAAUGUACAUUUGCUGAAGCAUUUUGACAACUCUGCGUCACAAUGGUAGGGAUUAGCUGAGCUGGGCUUGGGUCAUUGCUAAGUCAUUGUCUCAACGUAGCCUUAUAAUGCUGUAAGAGGAUCCAGGAACCCAAAUGAUUUGGGUGGAUCCCAUCCUCCUUAUAAAAUGUGUUUUGUUUCCAAAAGGUAACGAAAUUGUCAACAAAAGUUACACCCAUUGAGAUGCAAUUAUCACGUAGCCAGUUGUGAAGAGCAAGAAUCCUGCUAAAGCGUUCAAUGCCACGAUUCAGAGAGGGCACAGGGCCAGAUAUUAUGUUUUUUUUUGUUAGUGUCUAGCAGAGAUUCAAUCAGCUCUUUAAAAUCCAGUUUCAACUGUUCAGAGCUGCCCUUCAUUAUGUCAUUAAAACCCACAUGGACUACGAUAGAAUCGAUUUCCAUGUUCUGACGUAGUACAUUCGGGAGCAGCUUAGUAAUGUAAUUUACUCGAGCUCCGGAAUAGGACAUUGUUUUUGCACCAGGAACAGUCACAUUUCUUACCAUGGAGCUGCCAAAAAUCACGGCUGGCGAGAAGGAUGAGGAAAUCCGCCCACUCCCACUCUUCACAGGAUGCCGGCCUCUGACAGAUGGAGAAGCCCCGCUCGAUCCAGAGCAGAGCCGGAAGGUUGCCGACGUCGACUUCGAAAUCGUAGUAGUAGGUACUGCUGCCGCAGACACCCCCAGCGACGAAGGAGCAGGAAGAUCAGGCUCCAGGAAGGCGAAACUAUUCGUUGUUUGUAUCCGCUCCGGGCCUCUCGUUGGGAGUGUAGACUGCUUUGCGGGAGGUCGCUGUCUUCGGCUUCCACGGCUCGUGACAUGCGACCAUCGUUGAUUGCCUUUCUCCUCAUGCUGUGCUCCUUCGACGGCGCUAUCAGAUGGGGGAGCUCCGGGCAACACCGGCCAGUCGGAUAACAACAAACGACAAGGCGGAGAUGCAUCCAACAAGCACAAACGCCGUCCAGCCACCGGUGUAGAAAAUGUAAACAUUCCAGUCUGCGUUCUCCCCAGUUUCUUACGUAGGCUGGCGACCUGCGUGAUCAAGGAAGCCACCUCAAGACUAUAAUCCAUAAGGAAACAUCAUGACCACUGAGGGAGUGGGGGGGUAGGACCAUACCUUUUGUCAAGGUGGGUGAGGGCAGUGUGCAGUGCAAUGGCGAUUGAAGAGGGUCGAGUGUGUCCAGGAGUUGAUAUGGUCUUUGACUACACAUCACAUCACAUUCAUUAGCCCUGGUUCUUGCUUGUGUGAGCCCUCAUUUGAAACAUUCCCCAUGGCACCCAGUGUUUUCCGUAAGUACAUGGCGUAGCCAGCCAAAUAGAAAAGGCCUAUAGCCUCACGGAUCAUGCUAGACUCCUCUAGUGCUGCAGGAAUGUCUCUCUCUUUCCCAGAGGGGGGAUCAAGGGAAUCAGAGACCUGGAUCAGAACCAAUAUGACAGCUUCUUAUUGAACUGAUGAGACCUGGAUCAGAACCAAUAUGACAGAGCUUCUUAUUGAACUGAUGAGACCUGGAUCAGAACCAAUAUGACAGAGCUUCUUAUUGAACUGAUGAGACCUGGAUCCAGAAACGAUUCCCUGCCUGACGAUCCAGAAACGAUUCCCUGCCUGACGAUCCAGAAACGAUUCCCAGCCUGACGAUCCAGAAACGAUUGCCCCGCCUGGCGAUCGAGAAACAAUUCCCCGCUUGACGAUCCAGAAACGAUUCCCCGCUUGACGAUCCAGAAACGAUUCCCUGCCUGACGAUCCAGAAACGAUUGCCCCGCCUGGCGAUCCAGAACCGAUUCCCUGCCUGACGAUCCAGAAACGAUUCCCUGCCAGACGAUCCAGAAACGAUUCCCUGCCUGACGAUCCAGAAACGAUUCCCCGCCUGACGAUCCAGAAACGAUUCCCCGCCUGACGAUCCAGAAACGAUUCCCCGCCUGACGAUCCAGAAACGAUUCCCCGCCUGACGAUCCAGAAACGAUUCCCAGCCUGACGAUCCAGAAACGAUUCCCAUCCUGACGAUCCAGAAACGAUUCCCCGCCUGACGAUCCAGAAACGAUUCCCCGCCUGACGAUCCAGAAACGAUUCCCCGCCUGACGAUCUAGAAACGAUUCCCCGCCUGACGAUCCAGAAACGAUUCCCUGCCUGGCGCAAUACAGACUUCUCACAACAUAGCUCAGCCUCAUCAUAGAAAUAAGAAACACUUCAUACUGUGCAUGUGGCUGUUAAACAAAACGACCUGUGGGAUGGUUUUAGAGGUCAGGGUUUGGAUGGUUUUAGAGGUCAGGGUUUGGAUGGUUUUAGAGGUCAGGGUUUGGAUGGUUUUAGAGGUCAGGGUUUGGAUGGUUUUAGAGGUCAGGGUUUGGAUGGUUUUAGUGGUCAGGGGGUGGUUUUAGGGUCAGGGUUUGGAUGGUUUUAGAGGUCAGGGUUUGGAUGGUUUUAGAGGUCAGGGUUUGGAUGGUUUUAGAGGUCAGGGUUUGGAUGGUUUUAGAGGUCAGGGUUUGGAUGGUUUUAGAGGUCAGGGUUUGUUUCCCUUUUUUGUCUAAGAUGGUUGUUUCUCCCUACAGCCCAGCAGGAGGAUGAUGAGUUUGUGUGUCAGAUCGUCUAUGUGUUCUACCAGAUGGUGUUUCACCAGGCUACCAGGGAGGUCAUCAUCAAAGACACACGUAUCCUUCCUACCCACAAUGCACUGCUUCUUACGUUUAAAACAAAUUGAUGCAUAGUCAAAAAUUGUUGUAUUUUGACCAGCUAAUACUUGAGUGUGAAAUAUAUUUUUUCAGUUUUAACUAUUAAAACCCAUGCUCCUCCUCUUCCUCCUCUUCCUCCUCCUCAUCUUCCUCCUCCUCUUCCUCAUCCUCCUCCUCAUCCUCCUCUUCCUCCUCCUCCUCCUCCUAUAGAAAACCACAUCAUUACUGUACGUUUUGGCUGUUUGGUCCUAUGAGCCAGAUAUGAACCCAGCGACCUCAGACUUCCCAGAGUUGUAGCCCUUAACCCUUAACCCUCAUCUCAGAGGCUCCGGCGUACCUUAUCGAUCUGAUGCACGACAAGAAUGCUGAGAUACGCAAGGUCUGUGACAACACUCUGGACAUAAUCGCUGUAAGUAACGUACUAUUCCUGAAUUAAAGACUACAACAGAGGGAGAAACACCUGCCACUAGGGGGGGCAUUACUGUGUGUACCCCAGUCUCUCUGAGGGAGGGGUAUCCUACGACGCAAGCUACAUCUACUCAGGCUUUUAUAAAGCUAGCCAGCUUCAGUUAGCUUCACAUUGAUCUCCUCAGGCUUUUCUAAAGCUAGCCAGCUUCAGUUAGCUUCACAUUGAUCUCCUCAGGGUUUUCUAAAGCUAGCCAGCUUCAGUUAGCUUCACAUUGAUCUCCUCAGGGUUUUCUAAAGCUAGCCAGCUUCAGUUAGCUUCACAUUGAUCUCCUCAGGGUUUUAUAAAGCUAGCCAGCUUCAGUUAGCUUCACAUUGAUCUCCUCAGGGUUUUAUAAAGCUAGCCAGCUUCAGUUAGCUUCACAUUGAUCUCCUCAGGGUUUUCUAAAGCUAGCCAGCUUCAGUUAGCUUCACAUUUCAGGUCUCAUCCGUAAUACGACGGUGGAUUGUAUUAUUAUUUUUGUUUGGGGGUGGAUCAGCUUUAAUAUUGCAGAUAGAUUGUAGCUUCCAUCAAUGUAAUUGUCUGCAUCAUUUCCAAUCCCCAAUAUAUUUUUUGGGUAAAUAUAUGUAUACACUACCGGUCAAAAGUUUAAGAACACCUACUCAUUCAAGGGUUUUUCUUUAUUUUUACUAUUUUCUACAUUGUAGAAUAAUAGUGAAGACAUCAAAACUAUGAAAUAACACAUAUGGAAUCAUGUAGUAACCAGAAAAGUGUUAAACUAAUCAAAAUAUAUUUUAUAUUUGAGAUUCUUCAAAUAGCCACCCUUUGCCUUGAUGACAGCUUUGCACACUCUUUAAUGUGGCCGACAGACAAGUUCCUUACUUUUUCCCCCUUCUUCUUCUUCUUCUUGCCUCCUCCAUGUUUGCGGUAAUGCUGCAAUUAGUCAGUUGUAAUUUUGGGUAGAGCAGACAUUUCCAUAUAUUUUUGUUAGCUGCAUGUGUGACAUAACUCCACCAGUCCUAUUUAUGAAAUCAUUUACAAAGAUUAUGCUUUUUAUUUUAUAUUGGAAAAUAAUGUUUUUUAAAAUCAAAUUAGUAUAUUUGAGUUUAACCAUAAUAUUUGUUGUAUUAUUUGUUCUGUCUUUUCUGGUGGAUUAAACUGAAAUUGCAACCAACUUUCUAUGGCUUGUUUUAAAAAUAGCGAUAUUUUGGAGAUUAUUUCCUUUUCAAAUAACUGAAAGUGAGAGGUUGUAAUCUGAAUACAGUGAGGGAAAAAAGUAUUUGAUCCCCUGCUGAUUUUGUACGUUUGCCCACUGACAAAGAAAUUAUCAGUCUAUAAUUUUAAUUGUAGGUUUAUUUGAACAGUGAGAGACAGAAUAACAACAACAAAAUCCAGAAAAACGCAUGUAAAAAAUGUUAUCAAUUGAUUUGCAUUUUAAUGAGGGAAAUAAGUAUUUGACCCCUCUGCAAAACAUGACUUAGUACUUGGUGGCAAAACCCUUGUUGGCAAUCACAGAGGUCAGACGUUUCUUGUAGUUGGCCACCAGGUUUGCACACAUCUCAGGAGGGAUUUUGUCCCACUCCUCUUUGCAGAUCUUCUCCAAGUCAUUAAGGUUUCGAGCCUGACGUUUGGCAACUCAAACCUUCAGCUCCCUCCACUAACUCUAGCAGGCUUGUAACUGCGCGUGCAUGUCGCACAUGGCUAGUCGAACGUCAAACUCUUCAUUGAGACAACGCUGAAACAUCAAUCCAUGGAUGAGUCAGUUCCACAUUUUCAUUUGUGCCGAAAUCAAAAUGAAAGAAAAGUUAUCUUGCUAAUUCAGCUUUCUUUAUCUUGUUACUUUUUAUUUUUUUAGUCAUUUAGCAGACGCUCUUAUCCAGAGCGACUUACAGGAGCAAUUAGGGUUAAGUGCCUUGCUCAAAACAGAUUUUUCACCUAGUCGGCUCGGGGAUUAGAACCAGCGACCUUUCGGUUACUGGUCCUCUGUAGCUCAGCUGGUAGAGCACGGCGCUUGUAACGCCAAGGUAGUGGGUUCGAUCCCCGGGACCACCCAUACACAAAAAAAUGUAUGCACGCAUGACUGUAAGUCGCAUUGGAUAAAAGCGUCUGCUAAAUGGCAUAUUAUAUUUAUAUAUUAUUAUAUUAUUAUAUUAUAUUAUAUUAUAUUAUUAUAUAUCUUAACCACUAAGCUACCUGCUGUCUCUGGUGUGUUUAUCAAUGUACGAGCACCCUUUUCCCGCUCCUAACGCUUCUCCUCCUCUGUGGAACAGCUUGUUGCCUUGUGGCCAUAGACAUAUAAUCCAUAGAAGGGUUUUGGAACCUCUAGCCCUGGCUGUUUAACUGUUAAACUCAUGGGUACACAAGCAAUGGCUGCCAGUCUUGACUUGAAUGGGAAAUGCCAUCUGUCGAUGUACACUGAGUGUACAAAACAUUAGGAACACCUGCUCUUUCCAUGACAUAGACUGACCAGGUGAAUCCAGGUGAAAGCUAUGAUCCCUUAUUGAUGUCACUUGUUAAAUUCACUUCAAUCAGUGUAGAUGAAGGGGAGGAGACAGGUUAUAGAAGGAUUUUUAAGCCUUUUGACAAUUGAGACAUGGAUUGUGUAUGUGUGCCAUUCAGAGGGUGAAUGGGCAAGACAGAAUAUUUAAGUGCCUUUGAACGGGGUAUGGUAGUAGGUGCCAGGCGCACCGGUUUGAGUGUCAAGAACUGCAACGCUGCUGGGUUUUUCACGCUCAACAGUUUCUCCCACCUUAUCCCCCUCCCUCCCUCCCUCUCUCUCUCCCUCCCCCCCUCCCUCCCCCUCCCCCUCUCUCCCUACCACCCCCUCUCUCCCUCCCACCUUAUUCCCCCUCCCUCCCUCCCUCCCUCCCCUCUCCCCCCUCCCUCUCUCCCUCCCUCCAACCCCCUCUCUCCCUCCCACCUUAUCCCCCUCCCCCUCCCUCCCUCCCUCCCUCCCUCCAACCCUCUCUCUCCCUCCCACCUUAUCCCCCUCCCCUCCCUCCCUCCCUCCCCCCCUCCCUCCCUCUCUCUAGGAGUAUGAUGAGGAGUGGGGGAGGAAGACUCAGAGAGAGAAGUUCCGAUGGCAUAACUCUCAGUGGUUAGAGAUGGUGGAGAGUAGGCAGAUGGAGGAUGGAGAGCCCUUCAUGUACGGAGACGAUGGAGAGAUGGACAGACCUGACCUCUUCUACAGCACUGGUCAGUACACGCACGCACACACGCACGCACACACGCACACACGCACACACGCACGCACACACACACACACACACACACACACACGCACACACGCACGCACACACGCACGCACACGCACACACACACACACACACACACACACACACGCUUCUACAGCACUGGUCAGUACACACACACACGCACGCACGCACGCACGCACGCACACACACACACACACACACACACACACACACACACACACACACACACACACACACACACACACACACACACACACACACACACACACACACACACACACACACACACACACACACACACACACACACACACACACACACACACACACACACACACACACACACACACACACACACACACACACGCUUCUUAAGUGCUGGUCAGUAAAGUGUAUACAGUGCUAUUUGAAUGAAUCACCCAUAGCAUUUUUAGAUCCACUGUGCUGUUCGUUUGUCUCUUUGAGUUCCACCAGCAGCUGUUAGGAAGAUGAUGGUGUGAGAUCCUUUAGAGGAAGACCUCUCUCUCUCUCUCUCUCUCUGUGUCCAGAUGGGAUCACCCCUGCGUCAGGAGCAGUCAGUCCAGACUUCUUCAGUGAUCCCUAUGCACAGAAUGGAGACGGACAACAUGGGUAUGACAGUGAGACAACCUUUAACUCUCCCAGACACUAUUGAUUCCUCUCACCCAUACACACUCACCUUUACAUGUCAUCCAUACAGUACUCUUCCAGUAUACCUGUUAGUAUCUAACACCUUGGAGGAUAGGGUCUAACACCUUGGAGGAUAGGGUCUAACACCUUGGAGGAUAGGGUCUAACACCUUGGAGGGUAGGGAGUUGUGGGGGUAGGGGUGUAGGCCGUGGGGGGUGGAGGGGGGGGGGGGGGGGGGGGGGUGUAGGCACACCCCUUGGCUACACACAAUACCACAUAAUGUCAAAGUGGAAUUAUGUUUUAGAAUUUUUUACAAAUUAAUUAAAAAUGAAAAGCUUAAAUGUCUUGAGUCAAUUAGUAUUCAACCCCUUUGUUAUGGCAAGUCUAAAGAAAUUCAGCAGUAAACAUUUGUUUAACAAGUCACAUAAGUUGCAUGAAAUCACUCUGUGUGCAAUAAUAGUGUUUAACAUGAUUUUUGAAUGACUACCUCAUCUCUGUACCUCACACAUACAAUUAUCUGUAAUGUCCCUCAGUCGAGCAGUGAAUUUCAAGCACAGAUUCAACCACAAAGACCAGGGAGGUUUUCCAAUGCCUCACAAAGAAGGGCUCCUAUUGGUAGAUGGGUAAAAAUAAAAAAGCAGACAUUGAAUAUCCGUUUGAGCAUGGUGAAGUUAUUAAUUACACUUUGGAUGGUGUAUCAAUACACCCAGUCACUACAAAGAUAAUUAAUUAAUUAGACUGACUAGCUCUCUAAGUCACAGAGGUUAUGAUCCUAUUAGUGGGUAGGUCUGCGUGACAGAGGUUAUGAUCCUAUUAGUGGGUAGGUCUGUGUGACAGAGGUUAUGAUCCUAUUAGUGGGUAGGUCUGUGUGACAGAGGUUAUGAUCCUAUUAGUGGGUAGGUCUUUGUGACAGGUUAUGAUCCUAUUAGUGGGUAGGUCUGUGUGACAGGUUAUGAUCCUAUUAGUGGGUAGGUCUGUGUGACAAAGGUUAUGAUCCUAUUAGUGGGUAGGUCUGUGUGACAGAGGUUAUGAUCCUAUUAGUGGGUAGGUCUGUGUGACAGAGGUUAUGAUCCUAUUAGUGGGUAGGUCUGUGUGACAGGUUAUGAUCCUAUUAGUGGGUAGGUCUGUGUGACAGGUUAUGAUCCUAUUAGUGGGUAGGUCUGUGUGACAGGGGGUCAAUGCAAAUAGUCCGGGUAGCCAUUUGAUUAACUAUUUAGCAUUCUUAUGGCUUGGGGGUAGAAGCUGUUAAGGAGCCUUUUGGACCUAGACUUGGCGCUCCGGUACCGCUUGCUGUGUGGUAGCAGAGAGAACAGUCUAUGACUAGGGUGGCUGGAGUCUUUGACCAUUUUUAGGGCCUUCCUCUGACACCGCCUAGUAUAUAGAUCCUGGAUGGCAUGAAGCUUGGCCCCAGUGAUGUACUGGGCCGUACGCACUACCCUCUGUAGCGCCUUACAGUCGGAUGCCGAGCAGUUGCCAUACCAGGCGGUGAUGCAACCGGUCAGGAUGCUCUUGAUGUUGCAGCUGAAUAACCUUUUGAGGAUCUGAGUACCCAUGCCAAAUCUUUUCAGUCUCCUUAGGGGGAAUAGGCGUUGUCGUGCCCUCUUCACGACUGUCUUGGUGUGUUUGGACCAUGAUAGUUUGUUGGUGAUGUGGACGCCAAGGAACUUGAAGCUCUCGACCCGCUCAAUACAGACCCGUCGAUGUGAAUGGGGGGUGUGCCUGGCCCCUCUUUUCCUGUAGUCCACGAUCAUCUCCUUUGUCUUGGUCACGUUGAGGGAGAGGUUGUUGUCCUGGCACCACAUUGCCAGGUCUCUGACCUCCUCCCUAUAGGCUGUCUCAUCAUUGUCGGUGAUCAGGCCUACCACCGUUGUGUCGUCUGCAAACUUAAUGAUGCUGUUGGAUUUGUGCGGUUGUGGGUGAACAGGGAGUACAGGAGGGGACUAAGCACGCACCCCUGAGGGGCCCCCGUGUUGAGGAUCAGCGUGGCAGAUGUGUUGUUGCCUACCCUUACCACCUGGGGGCGGCCCGUCAGGAAGUCCAGCAUCCAGUUGCAGAGGGAGGUGUGAAUGUUGACCUGUUUAAAGGCUUUACUCACAUUGGCUACGGGUUAGAGUGCGAUCACACAGUCUUCCGGAACAGAUGUUGCUCUGAUGCGUGGUUCAGUGUUGCUUGCCUUGAAGCAAGCAUAGAAGACAUUUAGCUCAUCUGGUAGGCUCGCUGGACAGCUCGCGGCUGAGUUUCUUUUGUAAUCAGUAAUAGUUUGCAACCCCUGCCACAUCCGACGAGCGUCAGAGCUGGUGUAGUAGGAUUCAAUCUUAGUGCUGUAUUGACGCUUUGCCUGUUUGAUGGUUCGUCGGAGGGCAUAGCAGGAUUUCUUAAAAGUGCCUGGAUUAGUGUCCCGCUCCUUGAAAGUGGCAGCACUAGCCUUUAGCUCGGUGCGGAUGUUGCCUGUAAUCCAUUCUGGUUGGGAUAUGUACGUACGGUCACUGUGGGGACGUCGUCGAUGUACUUAUUGAUGAAGCCAGUGACUGAGGUGGUGUACUCCUCAAUGCCAUUGGAUGAAUCCCGGAACAUAUUCCAGUCUGUGCUAGCAAAACAGUCCUGUAGCGUAGCAUCCGUGUCAUCAGACCACAGUUUAUCAUGAGAUACUCUACCUCAGGCGAGCAAAACCUUGAGACUUCCUUAAUAUUAGAAAUCGUGCACCAGCUUUUUUUGACAAAUGGACACAGACCACCUCCCCUCGUUUUAUGGAGGUUGAUGUUCUGUCUUGCCGAUGAGAUAAUCCAGCAAACUGUAUAUUAUCCAUGUCCUCGUUCAGCCACGACUCAGUGAAACAUAAAAUGUUACAGGGAUUAUAAUCUUCAUUGACAGGGCAGCAAUGGAGCAAGGAUUAUUAUCUUAAUUGACAUGGCAGCAAUGGAGCAAGGAUUAUUAUCUUCAUUGACAUGGCAGCAAUGGAGCAAGGAUUAUAAUCUUCAUUGACAGAGCAGCAAUGGAGCAAGGAUUAUUAUCUUCAUUGACAUGGCAGCAAUGGAGCAAGGAUUAUAAUCUUAAUUGACAGAGCAGCAAUGGAGCAAGGAUUAUUAUCUUCAUUGACAGAGCAGCAAUGGAGCAAGGAUUAUUAUCUUCAUUGACAGGGCAGCAAUGGAGCAGGGAUUAUAAUCUUCAUUGACAGAGCAGCAAUGGAGCCGGGAUUAUAAUCUUCAUUGACAGCAGCAAUGGAGCAAGGAUUAUUAUCUUCAUUGACAGGGCAGCAAUGGAGCAGGGAUUAUAAUCUUCAUUGACAGAGCAGCAAUGGAGCAGGGAUUAUAAUCUUCAUUGACAGAGCAGCAAUGGAGCAGGGAUUAUAAUCUUCAUUGACAGGGCAGCAAUGGAGCCGGGAGGUUGAGAAGGUUUGUCAUGGGCUCUCAAAUCCUCAAAAGGUUCUACAGCUGUACCAUUGAGAGCAUCUUGACUGGCUGGAUCACCGCCUGGUAUGGUAACAGCACCGCCCUCCAUCGCAUGGCACAUCACUGUACAGAGCUCCCUGCCAUCCAGGACCUCUAUAUCCGAGCUCCCUGCCAUCCAGGACCUCUAUAUCCGAGCUCCCUGCCAUCCAGGACCUCUAUAUCCGAGCUCCCUGCCUCCAGGACCUCUAUACCAGAGCUCCCUGCCAUCCAGGACCUCUAUAUCCGAGCUCCCUGCCAUCCAGGACCUCUAUAUCCGAGCUCCCUGCCAUCCAGGACCUCUAUAUCCGAGCUCCCUGCCAUCCAGGACCUCUAUAUCGAGCUCCCUGCCAUCAGGACCUCUAUACCGAGCUCCCUUGCCAUCCAGGACCUCUAUAUCGAGCUCCCUGCCAUCCAGGACCUCUAUACCAGAGCUCCCUGCCAUCCAGGACCUCUAUACCAGAGCUCCCUGCCAUCCAGGACCUCUAUAUCAGAGCUCCCUGCCAUCCAGGACCUCUAUAUCCGAGCUCCCUGCCAUCCAGGACCUCUAUAUCCGAGCUCCCUGCCUCCAGGACCUCUAUAUCAGAGCUCCCUGCCAUCCAGGACCUCUAUAUCAGAGCUCCCUGCCAUCCAGGACCUCUAUAUCAGAGCUCCCUGCCAUCCAGGACCUCUAUAUCCGAGCUCCCUGCCAUCCAGGACCUCUAUAUCAGAGCUCCCUGCCAUCCAGGACCUCUAUAUCCGAGCUCCCUGCCAUCCAGGACCUCUAUAUCCGAGCUCCCUGCCAUCCAGGACCUCUAUGUCAAGCGGUGUGAAAGGACAGGCCGGAAAAUUGUUAAAGACUCUAGCCACGCAAGCCAUAGACGGUUCUCUCUGCUGCCGCACGGCAAACAGUACCGGAGCAUCAAGUGUGACACCAACAGGCUCCUGAACAGCUUCUAUCCCCAACCCAUAAGACUGAUAACAGAAUGGCUACAGACUAUUUGAGUAUUUUAUUUAUGCACACACAGAGACAGAGAGAGAGACAGAGAGACAGAGAGACAGAGAGACAGAGACAGAGAGACAGAGAGACAGAGAGACAGAGAGAGAGAGAGAAAAUGCAAAUGCCUCUAUCCCCCCAAAAAAUGGUCAGCAGCUCUGUCGCAUGCUGGAUCUAGUCAAUGGUAGGCUUCAAGGGGCUUCUUACAGUAGGUACACCUACAGCUCAUCCCUUGGCAGUAGUACUGUAGAUUACUUUAUCACUGACCUCAACACAGAGUCUCUCAGUGUUCACAGUCAGCCCACUGACACCCCUAUCAGAUCACGGCAAAAUCACAGUCUACUUGAACAGAGCAAUACAUUUACAUUACAUUUUAGUCAUUUAGCAGACGCUCUUAUCCAGAGCGACUUACAGUUAGCACAUACAUUAUUUUAUCGAACCCACAACCCUGGCGUUGCAAACGCCAUGCUCUACCAACUGAGCUACAUCCCCUGCCGGCCAUUCCCUCCCCUACCCUGGACGACGCUGGGCCAAUUGUGCGCCACCCCAUGGGUCUCCUGGUCGCGGCCGGCUACGACAGAGCCUGGAUUCGAACCAGGAUCUCUAGUGGCACAAUACUCAAUCAUGAGGCAUCAAAGCCAAAGGAACUGAAUAAUAUUAAGAAACACUAUAAAUGGAAGGAAAGUAGUGUAGAAACCUACCCCCCCCCCAAAAAAAAAAAAAAAAAAAAAAUUGGUAACAACAAAUUCAAUCCCUUGUAGAUAACUUCCUGGACAAAACGUUUCACUGUAAUAGUGAAGGUGUACAUUUGGCAGUAGAAAACCUAAAUAGUAUAUAGUGCAUUCGGAAAGUAUUCAAACCCCUUGACUUUUUCCACAUUUUGUUACGUUACAGCCUUAUUCUAAAACGGAUGUAAUAGUUUUUUCCCCCUCAUCAAUCUACACACAAUACCCCAUAAUGACCAAGCAAAAAUCGUUUUUUAUAAAUUUUAGCAAAUGUAUAAUGAAAAACCCCGGAAAUAACACAUUUACAUAAAUAUUCAGACCCUUUGCUAUGAGACUCGAAAUUGAGCUCAGGUGCAUCCUGUUACCAUUGAUCAUCCUUGAGAUGUUUCUACAACUUGAUUGGAGUCCAUCUGGUGUAAAAUCAAUUGAUUGGACAUGAUUUGGAAAGGCACACACCUGUCUAUAUAAGGUCCCAGAGUUGACAGUGCAUGUCAGAGCAAAAACCAAGCCAUGAGGACGUAGGAAGGGUACAAAGAAAUGUCUGCAGCAUUGAAGGUCCCAAAGAACACAGUGGGCUCCAUCAUUCUUUUAUUUUUUUCUGUCAUUUAGCAGACGCUCUUAUCCAGAGCACACACACACACUAACACACACACUAACACACACACUAACAUUGAAACUCCUUGCAUUUGAUAACGUUGUAAUAUUUCUAAUGUUACUAUAUAUUUGUCUCUCUCCAGUGGAGGAGCUGAUGGGUUUGACCUGACUACGGGGACAUCGAGCCGACCAGCCACCGGCUUCGGCUUCAGACCAGACGAACAGUUCUUCUACGACUACACUUCUUCCAGAUAG